AGUGAGCUUCUCAGUUCUUAACGUGAUAAGUCUGCAAUCCCAGAACUGUCAUUCUCCCACCAAGGCUUGUAAAUACUAAAGCUGCUCUACUGAAUUUGAACAUACUGCUAUUAAUCUUCUCAUUUAAUCCGUUAGUUCCGACGCCAUCGUUUGGAACUGAUGGAAUCGUCGCUGAAGUGCAACACGCUUCUGUGCAGGACAGAGCUAAAGGACGAAGCUGUCGUCACCAGCUGCCUGUAACAUUCUUACUUUGGCAGUUAUCAUAUUUCUACCUGAUAUUCUUUGACGCUGACAACUGCCGAUUGACAGUCAUGUUUUCUGUAUUGAUUGCGCUUCUCGCGGCAACUUGAUCACUCCAGGCGCGGAGCAUCUUCGACAGUGUCCAGCAUGCCGUUCGCCUUUACCGGGUCCAGAUAACGCAGUUCAUGUCAACCUAAGACCGACCGAUGACUAUAAAGGCAGCAUUUUACGUGGAUUAAGUCCAGUCGCUGUGAUUGACUGUGCCAAUGCUGCCUUGAACUUUUGGGAGUAUCAGAUGGCCCAAGAGAUGUCUGUCUGAUAACUCCUAAUAGCUUGAUUAUUCGACGCGCUGACUGACAGCUUAUUGAUCACAGCGUCUAUCAUGCCUACUUUGAGCAGACAUUGACGGAAAAAUACUCACAGUCGAGAGCUGAGCUGGACAAGAUUACAGGAGAAGCAAAUGGCCAGAUAGGAAUGCUGUCUGACAAGCUAUCCGGUACUUGUUCUAACGCAUAUACUCUUAAAUGCCUUAAUUUCAUACCGGUUCACUAAUGUCAACCACAGCGGUCACACUAGAACGUGACUCGGUGCGCCGAAAGAACGAUGAGCUGCUCGUCAUGCUAAAAGAAAAGAACAAAAAGCUCAUGCAAGUUCAGGAGCUCUACGACAAGCUCAAACGCAAGGCUAUGCUGGGAUCAUUGCAAGAUGGGGCAUCCGAGGCGGUUGAUACAGCUUUGGAUCGAGUUGCAGCUAUUGGUGCCACGCCUGUAGCCGCAGAUCGGUACCAGCGGCUGGGACUUUACCAACAACAGGCCGACAAUAGUAAGCUUCAUGGAGGCUUACAACCAAGAAUAACAAACACCUGGGACCAACAGCUUCGACGCGACCGCAUUGCAGCGACGCCGGAGCACAGAAGCCACUCGAACAAUACCGCCGGGAUUAGACUGUCAAACAUACCGGGCUUAGUUGUCGGCGGCGCGCCUCUGCUAAACCAGGACCGCCGUCAUGGCCUGAGAACAGAGCACCAGUAUCUAAACGGUGUUUCCGGUAACCCUGGGUAUGGUGGUGCCAGUACUGGCAACGGCUUUGGGCUGAACACAGGUGGUACAACUGAUGCUCUCCCAGGCGGGGCUAUUGGACUCUCGUCAGCGCAGAAACCAAACUUAAAUCAACGGCCUGGUGCGGGAAUAUUCGCGCCACAACCUCGAAACAGUCCACAAUGGCGACAGUAAUGGGACAAUACUAUCCCGCUCUGAACAGAAAGGCCGAUGGAUGAUUGAGGAUUUUGCCAAGAAUUGCUACACAUGAAAAGUUCACUAACCAUUCAGCUCGUAAGUUGCUAACAGAUACGAUUGCUAGCAAUCAAUAUCGAAGGCGAUAGUGAUAAUUGUAUGGGAGCUAGUUGGCUUUGCCGUUCGCUUUGAUGUCUUUCACCUUUGUGGUCUACUAGCAGCCGUAUACAGUUUCUUUGUUCCAAUACCCCUUGAAGGCACAGUAAUCAAAACAAUGAAUUGUCAAG